CGGUACUGACCAGGCUGUUUGACUGACACAGAUAGACAUCGGUUCUUUUGUCUUGGUCUCAGCACAGCCCAUCCACAGCCCACCCAUCGCGCGGCAUGGUUGCACCCAUAGCGCGAGAGGCGUGGGCUGUGGACAGCCAAUGCAUGGACCAGGACAAGGGAACGAUCACAAUGUCGGACGACUCAUAGUACGCACAGGCUGUCUGAUCCACACAAGGAGCACUCCCGCUCAAUCUCCCCCUAGUAUCUUUGUCAAGCCACCCCCCCGCCACCCCCGCUGCCCCCUGGAUCAUUCCUGUCGUCGUCGUAUCUCUCGUACCGCUGCACACCAUAGUGCGCACCCCACGACUGAAGCUGUGACGUAGCCGCCUCCUGGCAACGCACUCGGACAGCACGACUGCUCGACAUCUGGCCAAUCACACGCGGCACAGGGAAAACAGACACGGAGUGAGAGUUCCGUUCGUUCGAUGUGCGUCUUGUUGUCGCGUACUGACUCACUGACUCACCGGGUCGACAUAGCAGAAGAGGGUGCCUGGCUCCAGGAAGGUGUGCCCGCCGUCCACGCUCACUUGGAGGGACACAACGCCGGCAGGGUGUGGGGGUGCGAUGCAGCGGAUCUGGUGCCGCGACUGAAAUGUGGCCGGCACCACAAUGCGGCCAAAGCGGCACGACAAAUAGCGGCUGUUGACGAAAUAGUCGCCAAACACAUUGAUCACACGGCCACCUGCACACAUUGACACACACGAUGAGCAGCCAUCUGAUCUGUGACUGUCUUGUGGUGUGUUCUCACCUUCUGUUAGACAUUGUGCAGGCACUGGCUGCAGCUCCACUUGCGUGUCUGUCCACUUGAGCUGGACCACACAGUUGAGGAUGCUCCCGUCGCCCAGUGAGUGAUCGCUGAGGCGGACAGACUCCUCAUCUUCGACCGACAAUGCCCUCCCGCACACGACGAAGGUGAAGUCGGCCUUGCCAUCGUUGAUCUGCUGCAGCACCCACGCGUGGCUCUCCUCCAUCCCCUCCAGGCCCCUCACGCCCACUGCACCGCUGCCCCGCCUGGCGAGAUCAGCAUUCUCGUCGUCCGGCAGCCGCUCAGACAAGGAGCGAUUGAACCGGCGGCCGCCAUGGAGCCGACCAGAAGACGAGGAUGAAGAAGCCCCGGAUUCCUCAGUGUCGUCGUCAUCGGAAGAUCCAGUUUGUGCCGCAUUCCUUCCUCGCCAAAGUGUGCCAUACUCCUUGAGUUUGAGCUUGACGAGCUGCCUACACUGCUUGAAGGUGCACGUGGGCCGCACGAGCAGGGGGAGGCCCGGGAGGGGAGCAGAGGGGCGGGAGGAGGAUGCUGCUGAAGGGCUGCUGUCGUCAGUGUGAGAGUCGCGUGACGUGGCUGGGCUCUGAGUGGUGUCUGCGGUUGGCGAGAGCGGCUCUAGGGAGCCGAACGAAAUGGAUCCCUCGAAGGGCAGUGUCGCGUUGAAGAACACACGGAUCAUGCUUGUCUG